GGCCGAGGCGGAAGCCUGGGCGGGAGGCGGAAGGCGGGGCGGCCAGCUGAGUCACCGGGAUCGACCCGCCCGCCGCUUUCAGGGGCGAGGUGACAGCGGCCCAGGACGGGCGGCCGCAGCUGCCCGCUGCUCCAAGGGACCGCCGGGCGGCGGAGAGCAGGUUAUAAAACAUGGAGGCUGGCUCGGUUGUUAGAGCCAUUUUUGACUUCUGCCCUAGCGUAUCAGAAGAGCUGCCACUUUUUGUGGGAGAUGUUAUUGAGGUGUUGGCAGUUGUGGAUGAAUUUUGGCUUCUAGGAAAGAAGGAGGAUGUUACAGGGCAAUUCCCCAGCAGUUUUGUGGAAAUUGUGACUCUUCCCAGUCUGAAAGAGGGAGAGAGACUGUUUGUCUGUAUCUGUGAAUUUACAUCUCAAGAGUUGAAUAGUCUUCCCCUCCAUCGAGGUGACCUAGUGAUUCUCGAUGGCACUCCCACUGGAGGCUGGCUGCAGGGCCGAAGCUGCUGGGGUGCACGGGGCUUCUUUCCAUCUUCAUGUGUCCGCGAGCUCUGCCUCUCCUCACAAAGCCAGCAGUGGCACUCCCAGAGUGCCCUGCUUGAGAUUCCUGAAUAUUCCAUGGGACAAGCCCGGGCCCUGAUGGGGCUUUCUGCCCAGCUAGAUGAGGAGUUGGACUUUAGGGAGGGGGAUGUGAUUACCAUCGUUGGAGUUCCUGAACCAGGCUGGUUUGAAGGGGAGUUAGAGGGCCGAAGAGGCAUUUUUCCAGAGGGUUUUGUAGAGCUUUUGGGGCCCCUGAGGACUGUGGAUGAGUCAGUAAGUGCUGGAAAUCAAGAUGAUGGCCUUGUCAAUGGUGAAGUAGACAUCCCCAUAGAAGAAGAAGAGAGAGGGCCAGAGGAUGACGAGGAGCCGGGCACCUAUGGGAUUGCCCUCUACAGAUUCCAAGCCCUGGAGCCAAAUGAGCUGGAUUUUGAGGUAGGCGAUAAAAUCCGAAUUCUGGCAACCUUGGAAGAUGGCUGGCUAGAAGGAUCGCUGAAGGGCAGGAUAGGCAUCUUUCCUUACCGGUUUGUGAAAUUAUGUCCCGACCCAAGGAUGCAGGAAAAUAUGGUCCUGCCUCAGGAAGGCAACCUUGCCAAGAUCCCCGAAACAUCUUUGGAUUGUUUGAAGGAUUCCUUAGUAGUGGAGAAGCAGAGACAUGAAUCUUGUGAGUAUGACACAGAGGAGUCCACCUAUGUUAUUUCAGAAACAUCCACAUCUCCCCUAGGUCAUCUGACUUCUGAGAACGAAGCAAACAAAAACUCUCAUCAGGAUGAAGGCAUCUCAGGUGGGCCCCCAAGAAGCCCGGGCAUGGAGCAGGAAACGCCUCUUGCCAAAGACUCUGCUAUGACUGACCCUUUGGAGGUAGUCAAUGGUGUUUCCUCCCAAACUUACGUUCCUUUUCAUCCCAGAUUGCAGAAAAGCCAGUCUUCCUCUACAGUUGGAAGGGGCCACCUACAUUCAGAACAGUAUGACUUUCUGCCUCUGGAAACAAGGACUAGAGACUACAGCAGCCUACCUCCCAGAAGAACGUAUUCCCAACUGAACACUCUUCAGAGGCCAGCGACCCCUCUUCACAGGGGCUCCUUACUUUCAGCCUCAAGGAUGAUGAAACCCAGCCCAUGGAUCCCUCAGCUUCAGAGCCUAGCAAAGUACGCUAAAAAGCAUCACGCUCCCAAAGAGAACACGUCUACCUUUUACUUCACAUCAGAGGGAUCAGAGAGGAAGCCUGCUCUGCAGGGCAAGGGGCUCGCCAUGGAGGCAACAACUCUUUCACAGGGAGAUGGCAUCCUGGACCUGGAUUCUAAGUUGACACAACAACUGAUAGAAUUUGAGAAGAGCUUGGCAGGGCCUGGCAUAGAACCAGAGAAAAUUUUACGCCACUUUUCAAUCAUGGACUUUAACUCCGAGAAGGAUAUUGUCCGGGGUUCCUCAAGGUUGAUUACCCAGCAGGAGCCACCCGAGAGGAGAAAGGCCCUAAGGCCACCGCCACCCCGUCCCUGUACUCCAGCAUCUCCUCCCCAUCUGCUGGUGGAACAGAACGUAAGACCUGUGCUACCUUUGGCUGUGCGACCCUCUCGCCCAGCCCCACUGCCUCCCUCGGCACAGCAGAGGAUGAAUGCAGUGUCCCCCAACCUCCUAAGCCGUCAUCGUCCUAGCUGUGAGGCCCUAGAAAAGGAGGGCCCUGGGCACAUGGAAAAGAGUUUGGACCAAUCUUCCCCCUGUCCCCUAGUGUUGGUGAAGAUUCAGGAGAUGGAGAAGGACUUGGAUAUGUACAACCAGGCUCAAGAAGAGCUAAACUUACUGCUCGAGGAGAAGCAAGAUGAAUCAGUAAGGGCAGAGACCCUUGAGAAUCUCAAGUUCUGUGAGAAUAACAUUGAAAGUCUGAAUAUGGAACUCCAGCAGCUGAGAGAAAUGACGCUCCUCUCCUCCCAAUCUUCAUCACUGGUGGCCUCUCCUGGGUCUAUGUCCACUGAAAACCCAGAGCAAAGGAUGCUGGAGAAGAGAGCCAAGGUGGUAGAAGAACUUCUUCAGACGGAAAGAGACUACAUUCGGGAUCUGGAAAUGUGUAUUGAGCGGAUCAUGGUACCCCUGCAGCAGGCACAGGUACCAAACAUUGACUUUGAGGGACUUUUUGGAAAUAUGCAGAUGGUGAUUAAAGUAUCAAAGCAAUUAUUGGCUGCUCUGGAAAUCAGCGAUGCUGUAGGACCUGUGUUUCUGGAUCACCGGGAUGAGCUUGAGGGAACAUACAAGGUUUAUUGCCAGAAUCACGAUGAAGCCAUUUCACUGCUGGAGAUCUAUGAGAAGGAUGAGAAGAUCCAGAAGCAUCUUCAGGACUCUUUGGCAGAUCUUAAAACCCUGUACAGUGAAUGGGGAUGCACAAAUUAUAUUAACCUGGGCUCCUUCCUCAUCAAACCAGUUCAGAGAAUAAUGCGUUACCCACUGUUACUGAUGGAGUUGCUGAAUUCCACUCCAGAAUCUCACCCAGACAAAGUGCCUUUAACCAAUGCAGUCCUUGCAGUCAAAGAAAUCAAUGUUAACAUUAAUGAAUAUAAACGGCGAAAGGAUCUGGUCCUCAAGUACCGUAAGGGUGAUGAAGAUAGCCUUAUGGAGAAAAUUUCCAAACUGAACAUCCACUCCAUCAUCAAGAAAUCUAACCGCGUUAGCAGUCACUUGAAGCACCUCACUGGCUUUGCUCCUCAGAUAAAAGAUGAAGCAUUUGAAGAAACAGAAAAGAACUUUCGAAUGCAAGAAAGAUUGAUUAAGUCUUUUAUCCGAGACCUGUCUCUCUACCUCCAGCAUAUCCGGGAGUCAGCGUGUGUGAAAGUGGUGGCUGCGGUGAGUAUGUGGGACGUGUGCAUGGAGAGGGGACAUCGAGACCUGGAGCAGUUUGAGAAGGUACAUCGCUAUAUCAGUGACCAGCUCUUCACAAAUUUCAAGGAGAGGACAGAGCGGCUUGUCAUCUCGCCCUUAAAUCAGCUACUCAGCAUGUUUACUGGACCCCACAAGCUAGUUCAGAAACGCUUCGACAAGCUCCUGGACUUCUACAACUGCACAGAACGGGCAGAGAAGUUAAAGGACAAGAAAACCCUGGAGGAGCUGCAGUCGGCCCGGAACAACUACGAGGCCCUGAACGCGCAGCUGCUGGACGAGCUGCCCAAGUUCCACCAAUACGCCCAGGGCCUCUUCACCAGCUGCGUUCACGGCUAUGCCGAGGCCCACUGCGACUUCGUGCACCAGGCUCUGGAGCAGCUAAAGCCACUGCUUUCAUUACUUAAAGAGGCCGGCAGGGAGGGCAACCUUAUCGCCAUCUUCCAUGAAGAGCACAGCAGAGUGCUACAGCAGCUCCAGGUUUUCACCUUCUUCCCAGAGGCCCUUCCAGCAACCAGAAAGCCAUUUGAGAGGAAAACUGUCGACCGGCAGUCGGCUCGAAAGCCACUACUGGGCCUGCCAAGUUACAUGCUACAGUCAGAAGAACUCCGGGCCUCCCUGCUGGCAAGAUAUCCCCCUGAAAAACUCUUCCAAGCAGAGCGGAACUUCAAUGCUGCUCAAGACCUGGAUGUCUCACUUUUGGAAGGUGACCUAGUGGGCGUGAUCAAAAAGAAGGACCCCAUGGGCAGUCAGAACCGCUGGCUGAUUGACAAUGGAGUUACCAAAGGCUUCGUGUACAGCUCCUUCCUAAAGCCCUACAACCCUCGCCGCAGCCACUCGGAUGCGUCCGUUGGCAGCCACUCCUCCACUGAGUCCGAGCACGGCAGCUCCUCCCCCAGGUUCCUGCGGCAGAACAGCAACAACACCUUGACCUUCAACCCCAGCAGCAUGGCUGUGUCCUUUACCUCGGGACCUUGCCAAAAGCAGCCUCAAGAUGCAUCCUCAUUGAAGGAAUACGACCAAGAUGCUCUCAGUGCCUCCGUAAACCUGGGCAAUUCAGAGAGUGAUCCUUCUAGAUGCCCUUCAGAGCCAGACGGCACCUCUCAGCCUACCCCAGGGGACUCUGCACAUCCAGCCAGAGAUAUAAACCCACUUGCUGCCACCCUUCAGAGCUACCGAAACUCUAGACAUCCAGAAAUGGUUGGUUACUCCAUACCAGGGCGAAAUGGGCAAGGUAAAGACCUCAUAAAAGAAUGUGCAAGAACAGCCCAGGCUCUGGAAGACAAAAAGGAAGAGCCAGCAAACAGUGAGCCAGAAGGCAACCAGGUCUAUUUUGCUGUCUAUACCUUCAAGGCCCGAAACCCAAAUGAACUGAGUGUGUCAGCCAAUCAGAAACUCAAGAUCCUCGAGUUUAAGGAUGUUAUGGGAAAUACAGAGUGGUGGCUGGCUGAAGUUAACGGGAAGAAGGGCUACGUUCCAUCCAAUUAUAUCCGCAAAGCGGAGUACACCUGAGCCUAUUCUGCCACCCACCGGUCCUCGCCGCCUUUGCUUCCAGUCUGAAGGGUUCUGAUGGUCGCCCCAGAGGGCACCUGCCUCUGAGACACAGGCCCUCCCCGCAUCAUUUUGCCACGGUGAGGUGGGGCCCAGGGGAGUCUCGUUCUCCCGGAUUGGGUUGUAAACCUUGAUGCUCACUAGAAUUCCUAGAAUCUGAGUGGACCUAAGGCUUUGCUCGUGAUUUAGAGACCAUGAGAAGAAAGGCAAGUCCUGGGGUCAGCCUUUGGAAGUGAGAAAUCCUCAAUCAGAAGACCAGCAUCCUAUGUACACAGGAAGCUGUGCUAUAGUGUCGGAACAUGUGGGUGCUGGUUGUACCGUACUGUGUCUGGGGUGGCCUCAUGCUCCAUGAUCAGCUGACCAGACACUGAUUUGGAUGAAGAGAAGAAUUAUGGCUCUGGGAGCCCUUCUGGCCUGUGCUUUUACAUAUGGCAAGGAGUUUGUCAGGACUGUACUGAACCUGGUGCAUCAGAGCUUCCAGGACACCUCCAGUGUCCGGAACACUGUCACACACACGCCCCCUGAUUCUAAGGUCCCAAAAACUACCUUCUGUAAUCUUUCUUUUACUGCAUUCCCAGAUUGGUGAUACAAAAUCCAGCUGCUUUCUACUUUUUAGGAAGUGUUGAGGGUCUUUUAUUUUCCUUCAGUCCUUCCUGUGAAAGUCCUGGUGCUCUUCCCUCAUUAGGUACCAUCAUUGCCACCUUUCUGACAAUCACCCCUCCUUUCUGCAGUCUGUGGGUGAUGUCUCAUAGCCCCCUCCCCCUGGACUCAGUAACUGGCUGGUUUUCCUGAAGUAAAACGAUAAGCACUCCAGCCUUUCCAUUAAAGUCUCUGCAGUGAGCACAUGGAUGGCUUUCUCCAUUAUCCAUUUAGUCACAGCUACAGAUGCAGAAAACAAACUUUGACUUAUUUGAAUUAGGUUAAGCAAUUCCACCUGUCACCAUAGCCUCCAUGCUUCGGAGAUGACAUUCAGAGCCAAAUAGAAUCUGAAGUGCCUGAUCACCCCUGCCAGUCUCAGGAAGAUAUUUCCUAACCCCCUACCCUGAGAAACUCCCCUUGAAAGGUCUCUAGAGCAGGGUUAUUUUUAAAAUUUCCCCAGAUACGAAGCCCAUCUUGGAACAGGAGACUGAAUUCUGUCUUUUAGAAAGGGAAUUAUUAUACAAAUAUAAGGCUAUAACAUUAGGUAUUUUUCCUCUUAAAAAAAGAGGGGUGGGAAUUGAGAACAGCUUUACAGGCCCUGCUCCUCGAAGUGCACAUUUAGCCUUAAAACCCUGGUGAGUUGGGCAGACCCCCAUGGACUCCUCACCCACAGUGUCUUUGCUGAUCGUGGUCAGAAGGCAGCCUUGCAGGGGUCUCUUGUGAGAGUGUUUCUACUUAGAGAUGUUUAUAUUUAGUUAUUUUAUAAAUAAAAGCAUUUCUAAUGGC